CUCACUUUGUGUUAACAAGUUCUUUUUACAGGUUGUGAACAGAAGAUAGGUCACGUGACCAAAUAUCAAUGUUUUUUUAACUCUAUUUUUUCUUAAUUAGAUCAUUUAGGACCAUAUCGUACGAAGGUGAGAGGAAUGAAGGUGUCACUGCUGAUAACCUUCAGUGUGUGUCUAGUAUACGAAACUGUUGCCCAAGGAAACAUUGAUGCUAUUGUAAACGAUGCUGUACAGUCCGCCUUUGGGGGUGGGCCAGCACCGGGAGUGGCAGGGUUUGGUCCGGCGGGUCUAACGGGCGCUGGUCCCGCCCCUGCUGUGGGACAAAUUCCUGCAAGUCGAACUUCUGGUGGUGGCAUAGCCCCUAGACCGGUGAGUGGACAGGGGUCGGGAGCCGCACGUGCCCUAGCCAGGUUCUCCCAGAGUAACGCCCCAGCUACUAAUACCCUUCUCAGUGACCGGUCAGCGAGGGCCUCUCAAGCUGCCAGGACCAUAGCUGCAAACCCAGAAGUUGGUGGUUUUGCUGCUGGUGGAUUACAAAGAGCAGUUUCAGACCCACAGAUUCAAGCAAGCUUUCAGAGAGCCUUCGAGCCAUACUGUUUUGCAAUGCCUCUAUGUGACUUCCGCGACCCCUACCGACGAACAGAUGGACAAUGUAACAACCCGAUCAACCCUCUCCUGGGAUCAUCUUUCACUCCUCAACAGCGAGUAGUACCGAAUGCCUAUGAUGACUUUAUCAGCUUACCACGUACACGGUCUGUGGCUCUUCCCCCGCAACUCCUGCCAAGUGCCCGAACCGUCAGUAACAACGUCUUCCAGUGGUCCUUCGGGGGCAUGACCCCGAUCAGUGCUAGUUUCUCCACAUUCCUCACCCAUCACGGCCAGUUCAUUGACCACGAUAUCAUCGCAACUCCCUCAGAAACACUUCCAAAUAAUGUACCAAUUUUGGACUGCUGUAAUCCAGUAGGAGGUAUAGUCAAACCGGAUGCCUGUUUUAUUAUCCCUGUUAAUGAUGGGGUGCAAGACCCUUUCUUUCUACCACAUUUAAACUGCAUGAACUUUGUUCGACACACAGGAGCGCCACCAUUGCGAUGUGAAAAUGGUGUUCGGGAACAGAUUAACGAGAGAACUUCGUUCGUGGAUGGGUCUAUGAUCUAUGGAUCAGAUUUUGCGCGAGAAUGGCAGCUUCGAGCAAAAUUUUUGGGGCGACUUGCUGUUAAUGGAGAAAAUCUAUUACCUAACCACCCCGAGGGAUGUCCUGAUGACAUACCUGCCCGCUUACCUUGUUUUAUUGCAGGAGACCACAGACCUAGUGAAACACCAACUUUAACUGUGCCUCACAUCACGUGGUUAAGACGUCACAACUUGAUUGCUGAUGCGUUAAGAGCUGCAACAGGCAUAUGGAAUGAUGAAGUCCUUUUUCAGGAGGCCAAGAGAAUUGUUGUUGCUGAACUCCAACACGUUACUUACAACGAAUUUCUACCGGCCGUACUGGACGAUUUUCAUAUGAAUGCGUUUAACCUACGAUCCAGUCCAUUCGGUCAUGCCGAAGCUUACAAUUCUAAUAUUGACCCUAGGACCAUCAAUUCGUUUGGUGUGGCUGCAUAUCGAAUGGGUCACAGUUUGGUCCGCAAUUCCGUUGGACUUCUUGGAAAUGGACCCCCAGUGUCCUUCCCUGUUAGUCAACAUUUUGAAAAUCCAGACAUAAUGUACAGAGGUGGAUACGAACGUAUGGCCCGCUGGAUGUCGCGGGAACGGAAAUCCAGGUCUGAUCGGUUCCUAGUGGAUGGAAUCAGAAAUAGGUUGUUUGAAAACUUUGAAAGUAACCCACCCCCAGGCGAAACGCCAUCUUUAGAUUUGGGAGCUCUUAAUGUACAGAGAGGUCGGGACCAUGGAAUCCCGUCCUACAAUGCUUACCGACAGUUCUGUGGACUCCCCAGAGCCAACUUCUUUGCAGUGGUGCAGGGUGGAUUAGUCAAUCACAACCAAUUCGCUGCACAGGCACUUCAACGAACAUACAGACAUCCUGAUGACAUUGAUUUGUUUGCUGGUGGUAUGUCCGAGACCCCUCUUCCAGGCAGUAUUCUAGGGCCUACGUUCCAAUGUUUGAUAGCCUAUCAGUUCAGUCUCUACAAAUAUGGCGACAGAUUUUGGUACGAAAGGAACUUCCCAGAAAACCCACUCGCUGCAUUCACUCAAGCUCAACUUGCUCAAAUUAAGCAGACAACAUAUUCAAAGAUCAUGUGUUCCGUAAUGGGCAAUAUUAAUGUCGCCCACUCUUUCCAACCUAGUUUGAUGCUUCGUACCGAUAUUCCAGGAAACUCACCGUUGCCAUGCAAUGUGAUUCUUGGAGGCAAUCCCCUUGGCUUCGACAUAACGCCGUUUGCUCAGCAACUGUUACAAUUGGGUGGAAGACGAAGACGAGGCCCCGAUCCCUUUAACCUCUCCCCACUGAAUCCAGGUAUGCGUGGAAUUCUUUCAGGUCCGGGUCAGAUUCCGGGCAGUGGAAACUUUGUCUCGCCGUUGAAUCCUGCUGGUGUCCUCCGGGGCGGACGGGAUAUGAGAAGACUUUAUUGAUAAAAAAAGUUCCAUAAAUGAAUAAAGAAAACAAUAUAGCGUUGACAAAAACGUUCCUAUUUUGUUAAUUUGUGUGAUAAGUAUUGUUUAUACUAUUUUAUAUACCUCACGUUUCUUUAAUUAAAAAAUAUUGUAAAACGGUUUAUCAACAUAAAAAUGAUUUUUAUAUUUAUCCGAUAUAAGUAAACAACCAUUCUGUGUUUCUCAUGCAACGAGCUGGAUGUAAAUUUUUCAUUCAAAAUAUAUUUGAUAUGUUUAUAUUGAUUAAGUUCAUAGAAACUAGCAUAAUACAUAGUGAAUGAAAAUUCAAGUUUGUAAUGUUCAAUGUUAUAUGUUAACUUAUACGUUAUAUGUAAUUAAUGUAUUAAAUACGAUAUUGUCAACAUUAUUUUUUAAAAAAGGUUAGGUCAAUAAAACAAUAUUAAAAAACAAUGGUGUUGUUAUUA